CUCUCCCAGUCUCGCUCUUCGUUUGCACACCUUCGACCUCUAGAGAGAGGAUAGAGAGCUUCAUCAGCUGGUUCCAUCGCACUGAUCGAGAGACCCCUCCCGGUUUCUCUUCGUUUUCUCGCUUAACCUCAUCUUCUCCUCCUCCUUCUCCUUCCGCCGUCAGCCGCCGCCGCCGCCGUCGUCUUCGCCGUCCGCGGAAAGUAGAGGGAGCGGUGGGGUAGAAAGAGAGAAUUUUCCGGAAAGGGGGCGAUCGAAUUCGCUCGCGGAAAGCGAUUGCGCUUUGAUUCGGCGGAUCUGCGGAUCUAAGCGGCCCUCGACCAGUCGCCGCACGUGCUCUGUCGCCGUUCCCCGGUCUUUUAGAUCUCCGUCGCUGUCGUCCGGCGCGGUUCGGCCGCAAACCUAAACUCUGCUGGGAGUUGCUAUCCUUCUCUCUAUCCUCCCCCCCCUUCCCUCUCCUUUCUUUUGGGUUCUCGUUCUGGUCUCGUGUCGUCGCGAAAUUCGAGCGAUCGGUGUCCUUGGAGCGGUCGUUUUCCUGGUCUUUGUCUAGUUGCUGAUCUUUCGGGGUCUGGAUACUGAAUUUUUUUUUGGUGGGCCGCCGCCAAAUUGCUGUGGGCCGUGGCUCGAGGGUUAGAAUGUGGACGGCUGGAUUUGACCCGAUCAGUUGUAGAUGCGUUUCGGUUGGUUGUUUCGUUAACUCUUAUGAUGGGAGUCUCUCUGUUUCAUGGGGGCUUUUCGUGGGUUCUCUGGUUAUUUAGAGGCGCUUUCCUCUCCUGGUUUAUCUACUGUUGGCAAGAGAUAUUACAAAGUCACAGCAGAAGCAUUAGGAGUUUGUGGGGAGCUUGUUCAUGUUGUUCGCCCAAAUAUUGAGGUGCAUGGUUUCGACUUCAAGCCAUAUGUUCAUCCUAUCUAUGAUGCCAUUAUGUCACGCUUGACAAACCAAGAUCAAGAUCAGGAAGUGAAGGAGUGUGCCAUAUCUUGUAUGGGACUUGUUGUAUCAACAUUCAGUGAUAAUCUUGGACAUCAAUUACCUGCUUGCCUUCCUGUACUUGUCGAUCGGAUGGGAGGAACUUAAUCUGCUUUAGUGCUUAGAGAAAUUGGAGAAAUUAGUCGUUUGUUAAAAUCCAUCAUCCGAUGGCUUCUUCGGUAAAAUCCAAAAGUAUUUACGACGUCUUCUUGAGUUUCAGAGGCGCGGAUGUGCGUAAGAGCUUCCUUAGCCAUCUCUACCAAGCUUUAGAUCGGAAUGGAAUAUACACUUUCCGAGAUAGUGAGGAACUGAGAAAGGGAGACCAAAUAUCGGCAACGCUUAUGAAGGCCAUUGAAGAAUCGUGCAUCGCAAUCAUCAUUUUUUCUGAGGACUACGCUUCCUCAUGGUGGUGCUUGGAAGAGAUGGCGAAGAUUAUGCAGUGCAAGGAGCAAAAGGACCUCACCGUUCUACCAGUGUUUUACAAAGUGGACCUAAGAGAAGUGAGAGAGGGGAGAGAGAGUUAUAGGAAAGCUCUGGAUAAGCAUGAGGAUAAAUUUAGAAAGGAUAUGGAGAAAGUGAAGAAAUGGAAAAAAGCUCUUUUUGAUGCUGGUAACUUGUCCGGGUGGCAUUCGAAUGAUGAGUAAGUUCUAAGUAGCUCAAUUUUUGUGUAAGAAGCUGAUCUUUACAAGUAAGUAUAAAGACUGAUUGCAUUAAAAUAAAAUAA